AUGUACCCACUAUCAAUUCGAGCGUGUCCUGGUGACUACAAUGAAGAAGAGCCAAAGCGCGUGGACGUUCCCACAACAACGCGGUCAAACCAGGACUACAGUAACUUCGACAUAAUAAAAGCGACGCAAUAUGGCGCGCUGGAGCGAGUAACAGAGCUGAUAGAAGCCGGAGCGGACGUUAACGAGCCGGACUCAGAAACAGUGACAUUGUUGCACUGGGCAGCGAUCAACAACAGGACGGAGAUCGUGAAGUACUUGAUAGCCAAGGGAGCAAACGUGGACGCGAUUGGUGGAGAGCUUGCCUCGACGCCGCUGCACUGGGCAGCUAGACAAGGUCACCUUGCGACUUUCUCAAUUCUGAUUCGAGCUGGAGCAGAUCCUUCGCUGAGAGACUCAGAAGGGUUCGCUUGCAUCCACCUGGCUGCCCAAUUCGGUCACACGGGCAUCGUUGCGUACCUGGUGGCCAAGGGGGUCAAUCCCAACGACCCGGACCGCAGCAGCAUGACUCCGCUGAUGUGGAGCGCCUUUAAGGUCAACGGCCUUGAUCCUACAAGGCUACUCCUGGUCCUAGGAGCCAGCCACUCGCUCACGGAUAUCAUUCAUGGAAACACUGCCCUUCAUUGGGCGAUUAUUGCCAAGAAUAAUACAGCUAUUCAUACCCUGAUCACUCAUGGCGCAUCUUUGGAGAUUGCUAACUUUCAGAAUGAGACGCCGCUGACUCUUCUGGGGCCUCAUAUUGGCGCAGCCUGGCUGGGUUCUAAGAUUAGUCAUGAGAUCAGGGAACGGCAGGGGAGAUCAAGGGCUUGGUGCAGGGACAAGCGUAUAAGGUGGUACUGUAUGGUCAGCACGCCCUUUAUAGUAUUCUAUCUGAUUGGAUUAAUAUUUCAAAGCAAUUUGGAUUAUCUGAUAAAACUAGGUGCCUUCUUAGUACUCUAUAUUGCUGUUUAUACCGCUAAGAAUUAUCUGUUUGACGAGAGACUGUUUCACAUUUUACCAAUGUCUAUUUAUCUUGCCACCAAGGUAAAUGUGGAUAUAUAUCACAUGGAUAUUCUGGCUAGGUGUUCAUGCAGCCUGGUACCUCUGGGUUUUAUUAGCUGGUGGCUCAGUUCCUCUCUGGAUUUGUUUUAUUCAGUCAUGGCGUGGAGAUCCUGGUGUUAUUUCGGCUACCCAUGAGGACAAGUUAAAUGUAAGUACAAUUUUUAUACUAUAGGUCUAUCUUCAAUAUUUAAGGAGAUAUACUCACUCCUAAAAUUUCCUAAAUUUCAGACAAUAGUUGCAGUAGCAGAGACAGGAGGCUUUGAGCCUCAAGGAUUUUGUACUAGCUGUUUAGUGCGUAGGCCAAUAAGAUCAAAGCACUGUUCAUCUUGCGACCGCUGUGUAGCCCGGUUUGAUCAUCACUGUCCUUGGAUCAACAAUUGUAUCGGCGCGUACAAUCACAAAUAUUUCCUGGGAUUCCUAAUAUCUCUCCUGGGUCUGUGCUUCGUGAUCCUAGCAGCGACGAUCCAGUACUGGAAGUUCGAGUGCUGGUCGAACAUAUCCGACGAGAAGCACCCAGACAACUACUUCGUGGCAGCAGCGACUUGCGACGCCUGGGUAAUGUGGAUCGCUGCUAACACAGGUCUGCACUCUUUAUGGGUCGGCGCGCUGCUUAUGUGCCAGCUGUACCAAAUAAUGGUCCUGGGGAUGACCACCAACGAGAGGAUGAACGCCGGGAGGUACGAACACUUCAAGCACGGGAACCCGUUCCAUCGCGGCGCGCUCCAAAACCUUGCGGACUUUUGUAACUUCAGUUUGUGCGGGAUCCAAGGGAAGCCAAGCUCUGAUUGGCUUAACAGCUUUGAUAUUAAAAAAAGUGUCGAGAAGGUGCCGCUGUUAAAUACUAAAGAUACUUUUCAAUAUGUUUAA